ACAGACAAAUCAAUAUGGCCGACUUUUACCGGUUGGUUUGACUGUUUUGGUAAAUUGAUCGAAAUAUCAAUUCUGGUUACAUAAAGAGGGUCUGGAUUAUUUUAAUAACUUGCUAAUACCUGUGCUUACAAUUUUAUAAAUAAUUAUGGAAGCGCUUAUACCGGUUAUCAAUAAGUUACAAGACGUUUUCAAUACUGUUGGAGCAGAUGCCAUUCAAUUACCUCAGAUAGUCGUUUUAGGAACUCAGAGCUCUGGCAAGAGUUCUGUGAUUGAAAGUUUAGUGGGACGCUCAUUCCUGCCACGGGGCCCAGGCAUUGUCACCCGGCGCCCUCUUAUCUUGCAACUGGUGUACAGUCCCAAAGACAGUAAGGAACAUCGCUCGGCCGAAGAAGGUACAGUAAACUUAGAAGAAUGGGGAAAAUUCCUUCACACAAAAGACAGAAUCUUCUCGGAUUUCGAUCAAAUAAGACAGGAAGUGGAGAAAGAAACGGACCGCAUGGCUGGCAACAACAAGGGCAUUUGUCCCGAACCCAUCAACCUGAAGAUCUACUCUACGAGGGUAGUCAAUCUCACGCUAGUCGAUCUCCCUGGCAUCACCAAGGUACCAAUAGGUGACCAGCCGGAAGAUAUCGAGAAUCAAAUAAGGAACCUUAUCAUCAAACACAUUUCCAACCCCAACUCAAUUAUUUUGGCUGUGACUGCCGCCAAUACUGACAUGGCGACGAGCGAAGCCAUUAAGAUGGCUAAAGAGGUGGACCCUGACGGCAGGAGGACUCUGGCUGUGGUUACUAAACUAGAUCUCAUGGAUGCUGGCACUGACGCGAUUGAUAUCCUCUGCGGUCGCGUCAUCCCGGUGAAACUCGGCAUCAUCGGCGUCGUCAACCGAUCUCAACAAGACAUAAUCGAUAAGAAAUCGAUUUCGGACGCGUUAAAAGACGAAGCAACCUACCUCCAAAGGAAAUACCCCACUAUAGCGACGCGGAAUGGAACGCCGUAUUUGGCUAAAACACUUAACAGGCUUCUUAUGCACCACAUAAGGGACUGCCUGCCUGAACUGAAGGUGCGCGUGAACGUAAUGAUAUCCCAAUUCCAAUCCUUGCUCAACUCAUACGGCGAGGAUGUGUCGGACAAGUCUCAGACGCUUCUGCAAAUCAUCACGAAGUUCGCCAGCGCUUACUGUUCCACCAUCGAGGGCACGGCGCGGAAUAUUGAGACGACUGAGCUGUGUGGAGGCGCCAGGAUCUGCUAUAUUUUCCAUGAGACCUUUGGAAGGACAUUGGACUCUAUACACCCGUUAGUUGGACUGACGCGCAUGGACAUUCUGACUGCGAUACGUAACGCGACGGGCCCGCGGCCAGCAUUAUUUGUUCCCGAGGUCUCGUUCGAACUUCUAGUCAAGCGGCAGAUCAGACGGUUGGAGGACCCUUCGCUGAGAUGUGUUGAACUAGUUCACGAAGAAAUGCAGCGCAUCGUGCAGCACUGCGGCACCGAGGUGCAACAGGAGAUGCUGCGCUUCCCGCGCCUGCACCAGCGCAUCGUGGACGUCGUCACGCAGCUGCUGCGCACGCGCCUGCCCGCCACCAACUCCAUGGUGGAGAAUCUGGUGGCCAUCGAACUAGCGUACAUAAACACGAAGCACCCAGACUUCCACCGCGAGGCGGCGCUAGUGUCAGGCCUUCUCAAGAGCACGGACAGUCUCAUAGACGAAAACAGCCCGUUGUUCCGGCAGAAGACACCGCGCGCCACCCCAUCGCCGGUAUCCACAAUGUUCAAACAUGUCGCGGCGAUUACAGAUGGCCAAGAAAACAAAUCUCCCACUCAACCAGCUAUUAUGGAAUCCCCAAAUACUCCACAGGUGAACGGCACCCCCGAGAAUAAAGUGUUGACGCCGCAGAAGCCCGUCAACUUGCUGCCCGAGGUGCCUUCGCAGACCUCGCGCAAGCUCUCCGACCGCGAACAACACGACUGUGACGUCAUCGGUGGACGGAGCGACUACGCGACGUAUAACGUAAACUCAAAGACUGUUGAAGGCAUCACGAUGAUGCAAUUGAACCUAAUGGGUGACUUAGUGGAGCGGUUGAUCAAAUCGUACUUCUACAUCGUGCGCAAGUCGAUCCAGGACUCCGUUCCGAAGGCUGUGAUGCAUUUCUUAGUGAACUACGUGAAAGACAACCUGCAGUCUGAGCUGGUGACGCAUCUGUACAAGUCGGACCAGGCAGAGAGCAUGCUCAACGAGUCUGAACACAUCGCUCAGAGGAGGAAGGAGGCUGCGGACAUGCUCAAGGCACUGCAACGCGCCGGGCAAAUCAUUAGUGAGAUCCGAGAGACGCACAUGUGGUGAUGGUCGCCCGAUCGCAGAGACUCUAGUCCAUAAAUUAGUGAAUUGAGCCGCGGGCUCUGUACAUACGCCUCUAAAAUUAUGUGCAUUAGGUCCUUUUUUUACUUACAGAGUUUUACACAUCACAUACAUUUGCUUUUAGCUCCUUUUCUAGAGCUCUCUUUUAUAAGUAUUAAGUAUGUUCGUUGUUCCCGACCGUUAAAUGAUUUCAUCGUGUAAAUUAAACCAAAAAUUCGAGUCGAAGCAGAAGGUAGAAGCAAAUGCAUGUUAGUUGUAGUUGACAUUUAAACGGUGCACUGCAUGCUUGAUUCGGGGCUUUUGUCCGUCUCCGUGUUUUGGUGAUGUCAUUAUGUAGACUGUUAUUGAAUAGUAUGUACUUACUUGGCAAUGAAAUGUUUGUAUAUUCGACUGUAAGAUACAGUGCCAAUAUUUUUUUCUUUAACUUUAUCGUUAGACUUUGAAACAAAUGGUCGAAGCUACUUUAUUAUUGCACAAAAUAAUGCUGUUUUGACUUCAGUUACCAUUUUUCAAUAAUAUUUAGUGUUAGGCUAACUUUGAAGUGUACUCAAUAUAACGUGUAGUUAAUCCAGUGAUAUUACUUGUAACUCGUAACCUCACUGUAUUGGUAUUUUCGAUUACCCAUUACGCUAUUUUACGAUAUUUAUCUUAAAACGUCUGCAUAGGCAUCAUUGAUACGAUUGUGUAUCGAUUUAUUUAGGACGAUAGCUUUUUGCAUUCACAGGGUUGGUUGUUUUAGUUAUGUUUGCGUCUGACAGCGACUAGGUGUAGUUAAAUUUAAUCGUGCAGUAUGUUUUAUGAUAUAGUUCCUUUUUUAAUAAGUUAUUUGCGAGUUUGCAUGCUGUGUUAUCUUUCACACACUAUUUCGAGUCAUAUUGUGUCAUUGUCCAGGCUGAAAGUGAUUUAUUUAUAUUUUACAUCAAUUUAGAGUAGCGAGUAUUCCAAUGCAAUGUUACAAUGUAUUUAUUGUUAGUCCGAGGUGUGAUUUGCUUUAUGUAUCAAACGAAACCAAUUGAAUGUUACACGAGGUAAGAUUGUAUUUAAAAGUCUGUUAAUUAUUAAAAUAGAUUCAUUUUAUAAA